GGCGCGGAGGCUGAGCCCGCGAAGGCGGUCGGCGACGGCGGCUGUGAGCGGUCGAGCGGCGGCGGCGGCGGCGGCGGCGGUGCGGGAUGGGACGGAGCGCGGCGCCAGGUGAGAUUGCUGGAGAAUUUUUGUUGAAGGCUUGUUAAUACGAGAAAGCGACCUGAGUGUGCUAGCAAGUUACAGAACAGCCAGUUAUCUUCUCGAACUUGUAAACGGAAAGGAUCUUCUCUACUCCACUUUUUUUAAAUGGUUGUGAGCCAUGCCUUUGGUGAAAAGGAACAUUGAACCACGGCAUCUCUGCCGAGGAGCUCUGCCAGAGGGAAUUACUAGUGAACUGGAAUGUGUAACGAAUAGUACCCUUGCUGCUAUCAUACGCCAGCUAAGCAGCUUAAGCAAACAUGCUGAAGACAUAUUUGGUGAAUUGUUUAAUGAGGCCAACAGCUUCUACAUCAGAGCAAAUUCCCUUCAAGACAGAAUUGAUCGCCUUGCUGUUAAAGUUACCCAGCUGGAUUCAACGGUAGAAGAGGUAUCAUUACAGGAUAUCAACAUGAAGAAAGCAUUCAAGAGCUCAACAAUUCAAGAUCAGCAGGUAGUUUCAAAGAACAGCAUUCCUAACCCAGUGGCUGAUAUUUAUAAUCAGAGUGACAAACCUCCACCUCUGAAUAUUCUUUCACCUUAUAGGGAUGAUAAGAAAGAUGGAUUGAAAUUCUAUACUGAUCCUUCCUAUUUUUUUGAUCUUUGGAAAGAAAAAAUGUUACAAGAUACUGAAGAUAAGCGAAAAGAGAAGAGGAGACAAAAGGAGCAAAAGCGUAUAGAUGGCACCACCCGUGAGGUGAAAAAGGUUAGAAAAGCCAGGAACAGACGCCAGGAGUGGAAUAUGAUGGCAUAUGACAAAGAGCUUAGACCUGACAACAGGUUGUCUCAAAGUGUGUACCAUGGAGCAUCUUCCGAGGGAUCACUGUCCCCAGAUACUAGGUCCCAUGCAUCUGAUGUUACAGAUUAUUCUUAUCCUGCUACUCCGAAUCAUUCCCUCCAUCAGCAGGUAGCAAUGCCUUCAUACGGAACAGGAGAUGGUCCACAGUACAUGGCAGCAUCCCAAAGCCAUGAGCAUGAAUACAGGCCACCCUCCACCACCGUACGACAUGCUACUUUAAACAGACCUCAGCAACCACCUCCACCUCCACCCCAGCCUUCAGAUGGCCAACAUAGCUCAGCACCUGUGGUACCAGCAGAAUAUGGGAUGCUUCCAGCUCAGAUGGUGGAUUACUACAAUCCUACAGGUCCUCCCCCCCCACCUCCUCCCCCUAUGAUUCCUUCAGCACAAACUGCAUUUGUUAGUCCCCUUCAGCUUCCUGCGCCACCGUCCCAUCCUGGACUAGUGACUGGCUCUACAUAUGCAGCUACUCAUCCUCCUCCUUCUAGUGGGCUUGUUGUCACUGCUCCUCCUCCUCCUGGCCCACCUCCUCCCCCUCCGGGCCCUCCUGCUACAGGUUCAUCCCUCUCUUCCUCCCCAAUGCAUGCUCCUCCAGCUACGGAGGUAAAACGUCAUGAACCUGCGCAGCCGCCAAUAAGUGAUGCACGGAGCGAUCUUCUUGCUGCCAUUCGAAUGGGAAUUCAGCUGAAAAAGGUGCAGGAGCAACGUGAGCAAGAAGCAAAGCGAGAGCCGGUUGGAAAUGAUGUGGCAACCAUCCUUUCAAGACGUAUUGCCGUGGAAUACAGUGAUUCUGAUGAUGAUUCAGAGUUUGAUGAGAAUGAUUGGUCCGAUUGAGCCUGGUCCAAGCCCAGUGGCAAGUUCAUGAAAUACUCGGCUUCAGUGAUUACUUUCUUAGCAAGAUGUAAAGCAGGACGUUGACAUGUAUUAAGGCUAGUGAUCGAAGUGCUAAAAUUGAAUUGUUAUUAUUCAGAAUGCUGUAGCUUAGCAACUCUGGUAAUAAUGAUGUGGUUAUGCUUAUGCAGAUCAGAAACUUGUCUUACUUUAAGUAUUUACCGCAUAAUACUUAAGUGCCACUAAAUGUAGCAAAUCAUGUGCUGCGUGCAAAAUAUGCUGCAGUUGUUGCACUGUUACAGAACCAGCAUUUUAUUUUACUUUCCUGAUCUUGAAGGGAUAAAAUAUAUUUUUUUGACUUUACAUCUUAUUCUUUUAAUUAUGUAAGCAACUUAGGUACUUGUGAAUUGGUCUGGUUGUUAGUCUUUGAAGGCAGUUAUCUAUAUGACUGAGUGAAGUGUUGCGUUCCAUAAAUAUGACUUUUAGCUUUUUUAUUAGUUACUAAUUAUGCCCACCUUAGUCUGUUUUUAAUCACUUCUGGGCUUAGGGUUUUUUUUGCGUACAGAAUUGAUUUUAGAUAAUCUUUCUUUUUAUCUUAAAAAUAUAGCAGAUGAUGAAAUGUAUGCUUUGAAGAACGAAUCCACAUGAUCAAAAAUUAACUUUUUAUGAGCAGGCUGGAGCAGUUUGUAACGGUACGAGCCCUAGGUUGCUGGCUGCUUGUUGGGUGGAGCGCUGGGGGGCCUCAGGUAGGUAGCGGGUGCACAUCCAUGUUACAAAUGAAAGUUAAAAUGUUUGUAGUGAUUUUCAGUUUUAUGAUACAGAUCAGCUAGAUGCCAAGACUUCAGGGUAGACCUGAUCAAAGCCAUAUGGUUAUUGCAGUGUAGAAAAUGUUACUCUGUUAUUACUAAAGAUUGGCACUUCUGUCAGUCCACCUCUAGCAAUCAGAUACAUUUCACAAGUAUUAAACUUGGUCUUUAUGCCUGUAGGUAUAAAUGUUUGUAAAUAAGUUUUGUUGUUGUUGAUUUGUACAUGUAUAGUCAUGACGGAUUGUUUUCUGUUUGCUGUAGCACGUUUACUCAAAAUACUUUGUAUUUCUUUCCCAGUACAUCCAUUGAUAAAAACCAUUGGCAGUUAAAACAGUUUCAGUGGCUGUUUAGGUACUACACCAUAUAUAUGCACUUGUUUUCUUUUUCCCUAGGAACAGUGGCUGCCAUGCUGUGUCUGUUUUCUUUAAAAAUAAUUCCUCUCUUUUUUUUUUUGCAGUACAGUAUUAAGAUGUUUCUUUGUUUUUGUGUUUUUAUCUCUUCUGGACUGAGUCAGGCUGCUGCUUUGCCUAAUGAGGUUUUUAAAAAAUGUAUUCAUAGCAGGGGAAGAGUUCUUUCCUUACCAGAUUAGAGUUUUAAUCUUUGUAACUGAAGUCUAUGUAAUUCCAGGUCUAACAUUUGGUAAAGCUUCUGUGUUUUGUGAGGCCCUGUCUGUUCUUUAAAAAAAAAGUAUGUAAAAUAAAGAGAAAUGGAAGAUAA